ACAAUAUUUUCCUUAUUAAAUAUAACUAUUUAAUGUUUAGCUAAUUAAACGAAUAUUAAUGCAAUAACUGCUAAAGCAACGCCCACCACUAACAAUUGGUGAAAGUAGGGAAAGUGAGAGAGAAAAUUGCAACAAAUGCGCGCGCGUUUUUUGCUUGAUGUUGCCGCAUCAUAAAGUGAAAAAGUGCCACAUUUCAAGAGUUGAAGCCGUGGAGAAUGGCAGCAAUUAACUCGCUGAAGAUCAACAACAGCUACGAUUCGGAUCCAUCCACGGGCAGCGCGUCUUCGCUCAGUGAUAACAAUGAUUGCCAAAUAUCUGACGAGGAGAACAUGAAUCUACCAUAUCUGCUUAAGCCCAAAUCACUGAGCACGCCCCAAACAAAUGCUGCCAACAACAACAAAGUGAGUUCCCAGACAAGCAGCCAAGAGUCCCAGUUUCGUGGCUUUGGCGACAGUCCCUAUGGCCAGGUGAAUCAGCAGCUUUAUGGCUCACAGCUGCAGCAUCUGCAAUUGCCCGAACCGAAGGAGCAGCGGCAAUCAGCAAAGCAACCGGAUUCUGCUCCUGGGUUAACCAUUUUCCCACGGUUCUUUAACUGCAUCCUCGAGGAGAAUAGCUGCAAUGCUGUCGAUAUGCCGGCAACUGCAAUUACAACUGGUGCAACUGUUGCAGCAACCACAACAGACACCUUAUCCUUUGAUGGCAAAAUCAAGAGUCUGAGCGAGGCGCCAAGCACAUCGCAGCCGCAAAGCAAGUUGCCACAGCAUGCGGCACAGUUGUCGGAAUCGUUUAUAUACAAGAAAAUCAAUAACGAACGCUCGCCCGACUUGUUUGCGGAUAGUGACGAGGAUGAAUGCGAUGAGCCAUCGGACAAGGGGCUGGGCGCAACGCUCGAGGAUCUGCCCGAGGCGCUGGAGGAGAGUCAAUGCGUCAGCGAGGCGCCAUCGUUGAGUCACAAUGCUAGCGUCCGUUACUCUCUCACAGCGCCCACCGAGUCUAGUUUCGUCGACGAGCAGACAACAAUGGAUGCUCAGCUCGCGAGCAGCGAUCUCCGCCAGCAUUUCAUCGAGAAUUGUCGCCGAGAACGUGAGCUUUACCGUCGCAUACGGCGCUCGUUGCAGGGUGUUCGUCCGCCGCCCACGGUGACCAUGCCGGAUAUCGAUGUGAUCAGCACGGUGGUCAGCAUGAAAGCCACUGUGCUCAACUUUCUAGUUGCACCCACGCUGCCAUCGAGCAUCGAGGACAGUGGCAUCUGUGCCACAGCCUCGCUGCUGAAGCCCACGCACAGCUUGGCCGAAACUCAGUCAAUGAGCUGGCGUGAAGUCCUCGGCGUGCGACAACAUGGACUGAGCUACAACUUAAACAAAGCAGCCGAACAAAAUGAAUACCUCAGCUUGUCGGUGGUAGAGCGUUAUGUGGGCGCAGAGACUGCCACUUCCUAUGUCCGAUCGCCGUCCAGUGCCAAAAAGCGCAAUAUGCGCCUAAAAAUGCUCACAAAAUCACCAGGCAACCGGCUUAGUCACUUGGCCAAGCGGCGAGCCAUAUUCUCAUCGGCCAAUUUGGCCACAAACUCCAUCAAAUUGAACAGUUCCAUUGGACCGCAAAUAAUGUUGGAUAAGAAAAAGGAACGGAAGCGAAAAGCAACACCAAAACGCAAAACACCUGGCAGCAAAAAGAAAGCUCGCAAAACGCCGUCUUCGUCGGCGCGCAAGCGCCUUUAUCGCACCGAUCUCGUCAAGCCUGGUCCAUCGCGUGAAACCUCCAAACGCGCGCUAUUCCAAAGCCCGGCCAAGUCGCUGCAGCAACAACAGCAGCAGACACUAAUACCACCCAAACCGCUCUUCAAGCCAGAGAUUGCGAAUCGCGUGGAGCGGUCAAAGCGAGCACUCUUUUCCCCCGACAAUGGCAGCCAACAGCAGAGUGUGGCAUGUGCCGCUGCUGCUGUUGCUGCUGCUGCCAGCGUUAGCAAUAAGCUGGAGACACUGCUCAAGCGCAAGCGCAACGCUUAUGAGGAUGAUGAUGUCGCCGAGCUGGCGAGUCAGAGCAACAAGCUCUUCCGCGGCAGCAUCGGUUUGACGCCACGCGCUCUCAAGAUAAAGAGUCAGAGCUUUUGCAUUGGAGCUGGUUCCUCCACGACGGCGAUGCAACAAACGCCAAACGCCUCCCUGCAGCAGACGACUACGAGCAGCAUUCGCCUUGGCCACGGCCUCAGUGGCAGCACCAGCAAUUUGGCCAGCUGCAGCACGCCAACUGGCAUCAAAUUGCAACGUGCCCAUUCGGAGAUGAGUGCAACGCCCCAAAGCGCCAUGACGGACAAUCAGCGCAAGAAACUGUUGUGGGCCGUGUCGCAGGCGCUGCAGGACAGAAAGAUAUCCGCCAAACACGAGAAUUUCCGUCAAAAUGCUGCGGACUUGGCGCGCAUUGUUAAGCGCAUCUUUCAGGAGUUCCACCAGGGCCACACCACCAGCAACAGCGAAACUCUGCUGCGGUUGGCCAAAAAGUAUGCGUUCAGCGUGAUAGCUGGCAAGCAACCGGAUGACAUUUAUCUGCAGGCACGCAUCCACGAGAGUGAGGCGAAACGGCAGACAGGCACACGUCUGUCCGGCUACAUUGGACCCGAGGAGUUUGCGCAACGCAAGCUGCUCUUGUCCCAGAGUUCCACAUCGACGCAGCUUAUGCGGAUCGCUGCUGAUGGUGGCUCGAUUCACAAUCUGUUUGGCAGCGAGAACUCCAUCGACUCGUUUGGCUUCAGCCAAUUGAGUCAGGGUACUGUGACAACAUCAGUCUCUGCCUCCGCAUCGCAGUCCAGUUUAAUGGACCGCAUCUCGGAGGAGCUGUUCGCCAAGCAGCGGCAGCCACAGCUGCAGCAUCAGCAACUGCCUAUUCAGCCAAGUCCUUCGCUGCAAAACAGCUCAUCGAAGAGCAAUUUGGGCAGUUUGGCGCUGCGCGAAAAUGUGCACUGCGAGCAGCGACGCUCGGCGCAAAAGAACUUCACCGGCAAGGAUCAGCGCAACAUCAGUCCCUACUACGGUGGCAACAGCAACAGCAACAGUUCCGCCCGCAAGCUGCACAACGUCCCAACGGCAACCAAUGGUGGCGACUCUGGCGCCAAGGCAAAGCGACAAAUUUCAUUUGAUAGCUAAAUUGUAUUUUAUUGUUGCACUUCAAAACGUCCCGGCCUGUUAGAUAUGCUAAUAUUGUAUUUAUUUUUGCAAAAUGUUCCACACUGAUUGGGUUGUUUUUGCUUAGCCUAAUUUAUUUAGUUCGCGGUAAUCGGUUCAUAUUAGAGUACUUUAAUAGAGACUAACGACUAUAUACGUAAAUAUACAAUUAAAAACAUGAACUGCAAUAUUUGUUCGCUGAAAACACAAUCAAUUUGAAAUUUGUAACUGAAAUUGCUACUUAUGAAAAUGAAUACAAAUAU